AUGAGAAGACCGAGGGAGAGAGAGAACAGAGAGAAGAGAGAGAUAAGAGUGAAAAGAGAAAAGGAGAAGAAAGAAAAGGGAGAAAGCGAAGAACAGAGAGAGAGAAGUGGGAAAAAGAGAACUAACAGAGAUCGGGGGAGAAGCGACUCGACGAGAGGAGUGACGAACGGAUGGAAAGAGGAGGGAGAGCGGAUGACAGGAGGAGAAGAAGACAGAGGGAGAGAUGUCGGAGGAGGUGAAGGAAGAGACCGCGAGAGAGGAGAGGAGGAGGAGGAGGGGGGGAAGGUAAGACGAGUGAGAUAG